AGGGUAUAAGAGACGGGGCGGAGGACGGAAACCGGUCUCGUUGAACGCGGCGGCAGCUCUUUAGUUUGCUCUUUUCUCUUUCAGUGGACCCGGGCCUGCGCUCCAGCAACCAUGUCUAAGGGACCUGCAGUUGGCAUUGAUCUUGGCACCACCUAUUCUUGUGUGGGUGUCUUCCAGCAUGGAAAGGUGGAAAUAAUUGCCAACGAUCAGGGGAACCGAACUACCCCAAGCUAUGUCGCCUUUACUGAUACCGAACGAUUGAUCGGUGAUGCUGCAAAGAACCAAGUUGCAAUGAAUCCCACCAACACGGUUUUUGAUGCCAAACGCCUCAUUGGACGAAGAUUUGAUGAUGCUGUUGUCCAGUCUGAUAUGAAGCAUUGGCCCUUCAUGGUGGUGAAUGAUGCAGGCAGGCCUAAAGUUCAAGUAGAAUACAAGGGAGAGACAAAAAGUUUUUAUCCAGAGGAGGUGUCAUCCAUGGUUUUGACAAAGAUGAAGGAAAUAGCAGAAGCCUACCUUGGGAAGGCUACCAAAGAUGCUGGAACUAUUGCUGGGCUCAAUGUACUUAGAAUUAUCAAUGAGCCAACUGCUGCUGCUAUUGCCUAUGGCUUAGACAAAAAGGUUGGAGCAGAAAGAAAUGUGCUGAUCUUUGAUUUAGGUGGUGGCACUUUUGAUGUGUCAAUCCUCACUAUUGAGGAUGGAAUCUUUGAGGUCAAAUCUACAGCUGGAGAUACCCACUUAGGUGGAGAAGACUUCGACAACCGGAUGGUCAACCAUUUCAUUGCAGAGUUCAAGCGCAAGCACAAGAAGGACAUCAGUGAGAACAAGAGGGCUGUCCGUCGCCUUCGUACCGCUUGUGCGUCCCGCAUCCCCAAGAUCCAGAAACUUCUACAGGACUUCUUCAACGGGAAAGAACUGAACAAGAGCAUCAACCCUGAUGAGGCUGUUGCUUAUGGUGCAGCUGUCCAGGCAGCCAUUUUAUCUGGAGACAAAUCUGAAAAUGUUCAAGACUUGCUGCUGUUGGAUGUCACUCCUCUUUCCCUUGGAAUUGAAACUGCUGGUGGAGUCAUGACUGUCCUUAUCAAGCGCAACACCACCAUUCCCACCAAGCAGACGCAGACCUUCACAACCUACUCGGACAACCAGCCCGGUGUACUCAUUCAGGUUUAUGAAGGUGAGCGUGCCAUGACCAAGGAUAACAACCUGCUUGGCAAAUUUGAACUCACAGGCAUACCUCCUGCCCCCCGUGGUGUUCCUCAGAUUGAAGUAACUUUUGAUAUUGAUGCCAAUGGUAUCCUCAAUGUCUCUGCUGUGGAUAAGAGCACAGGAAAAGAGAACAAGAUUACUAUCACUAAUGACAAGGGCCGUUUGAGCAAGGAAGAUAUUGAACGCAUGGUUCAGGAAGCAGAGAAGUACAAAGCUGAAGAUGAGAAGCAGCGGGAUAAGGUGUCUUCGAAGAAUUCUCUUGAAUCCUAUGCUUUCAACAUGAAAGCUACUGUUGAGGAUGAGAAACUCCAAGGCAAGAUUAAUGAUGAGGACAAACAGAAGAUUCUUGAUAAGUGUAAUGAAAUAAUCAACUGGCUUGAUAAGAACCAGACUGCAGAGAAGGAAGAAUUUGAACAUCAGCAGAAGGAGCUGGAAAAAGUCUGCAACCCCAUCAUUACCAAGCUGUACCAGAGCGCAGGGGGCGUGCCCGGGGGUGUGCCUGGCGGCGUGCCCGGGGGCUUCCCUGCUGGUGGAGCACCUCCAUCUGGUGGUGCCUCCUCUGGGCCCACCAUUGAAGAGGUUGAUUAAGCCAGCCUAGCGUAGGGUUAGCAUUGUUCCACACAACAUUGAAGGACCCAAAUUUGUAGCAAAUUCCAUACGGCAGUUUUAAAGUUGAGCUGCUGUAGUAAACUGGGCAUUCUUGAUACUUGAACAUGGAAUGUGUGCACAGGGAAAGGAAAUAACAUUGCACUUUACAAGCACUGUAUUGUAAGUGGAAAAUGCAAUGUCUUAAAUAAAACUGUAUUUAAAAUUGGCA